AUGUUCACGUCAUACAGCCACUUACACGCUGCCCCUCAGCUAACAGCCAUAUUCCACAAGCUCAUCAUCGUCUCUGGACUGCCCACGUCUGGCAAGUCAACUCGCGCAAAACAACUACAUGACUACCUCUCCAAGCGGAUAGUUGACACGAAAUACCGUUUGCAUCUCAUUUCCGAUGAAUCUCUCUCCAUAUCCCGCACCGUUUACGACCUGUCUCCCGAUAAAGUCCGCGCACAUACCCGAUCUGCGAAUGCCUCAGAGAAGGAUGCCCGCGCUGCCAUCUACGGGGCUGUUAAGCGCGUACUCAGCGACAGGGACAUUGUGAUCCUGGAUGGUUUGAAUUACAUCAAGGGCUGGAGAUAUCAACUGCACUGCGAAUCUAAAGCUGUGCGCACGCCUAGCUGCAUAUUGCAGAUCGGCUGCUCAGUAGACAAGGCACGAGAAGCCAACGAGGAGAGAAUACGAAAGAAGGAGACCGAUCCAACCAAGGCCAUGGGGGGCGAAGAGACGACACCCGAUGCGAAUAAUACCGACGAUGCGAUUGUCGAUUCCACAGAGCCAUACGAGCCGGAUAACUGGGACAACUUGGUAUUCCGAUACGAGGAGCCCAAUCCGAUGACCCGAUGGGAUAGCCCACUCUUCACACUCAUUUGGGAAGACGACGAAGCACAAACAACAAAAGUCUUUUCCGACCUCUGGGACGCAAUAGCUGGUGAGGCCCGAAAGGUUGUGCGCCCAAACCAAGCAACUAUACAACGCGGGAGAGAAGAAAGCGGCGACUAUCUAUACCUUUUGGACAGAGAGACAUCCGAUGUUGUGAAGCGCAUAGUGGAGGCGCAGCGUGAGGGCGACAACGUUGAUGAGGUACGGAUACCAUCUGGGUCCAAUGAGCUUACGAUAUAUCUACCAGCAGGGAAGAAAGUUGGUCUACCACAAUUGCAGCGGUUGAGGAGGGCAUUUAUGGGGUUGAACAGAGGCGGUAUCGGAUUAGAGGCCGUGGGUGACAUGAAGUCGUCUAGAUUGAGGGAUACGUUUGUGACGUAUCUGAAUGAUGCGUUUGAGAAGGACGAGUGA